UUUUGAAGGACCCACGACCGGAAGUGAACGUUUUAACCGGAAGCUUGUGUGCUUUGAAAAGUGAAUUGACGUAAAGAGCCACAACAAACAUGGCGGACGAUCCCACAGAAGCAGAACACAGCAUGGAGCAUGCUAACCAGGCCAGCGAGAAUCCACAUGCAGAGUUUGGCUUGACAGACAACAUCCAGAGGACGUUGGAGCAGGAGAAGACGAGCAGUGACAAGAUGUCCAAGAACAAAGUGGACCUGCAGGCUCUUCCCACCCGGGCUUACCUGGACCAGACUGUGGUACCCAUCUUGUUGCAGGCUCUUUCUGUGCUCGCCAAGGAAAGGCCACCAAACCCCAUCGAGUAUUUGGCUGCUUUCCUGCUGAAGAACAAAAGUCAGUUUGAUGAGAGAAGUUGAGUGUUGUCAAUAAAGUUCCUUGCACACA